AUGAGAGGGGAAGAGAGGAGGAGCAGGAAGGAGGAGGUGCGGGAAGGAGGAGGAGAAGAAGGAGACGGAAGGAAAGAGUCAUCCAAGCAUUUUAAAUCACCUGAUGCUCCUCCUGAUGCUCCACCUGAUGCUCCACCUGAUGCUCCACCUGAUGCUCCUCCUGAUGCUCCACCCAAUGCCCCACCUGAUGCUCCUCCUGAUGCUCCACCUGAUGCUCCACCUGAUGCUCCCUCUGAUGCUCCACCCAAUGCCCCACCCGAUGCCCCACCUGAUGCUCCUCCUGAUGCUCCUCCCAAUGCCCCACCUGAUGCUCCUCCUGAUGCUCCACCUGAUGCUCCUCCUGAUGCUCCUCCUGAUGCUCCACCCAAUGCCCCACCUGAUGCUCCUCCUGAUGCUCCACCUGAUGCCCCACCUGAUGCUCCACCUGAUGCCCCACCUGAUGCUCCUCCUGAUGCUCCUCCUGAUGCUCCACCUGAUGCUCCUCCUGAUGCUCCACCUGAUGCUCCACCCAAUGCCCCACCUGACCCCCCUCCUGAUGCUCCUCCUGAUGCUCCACCUGAUGCUCCACCCAAUGCCCCACCUGACCCCCCUCCUGAUGCUCCACCUGAUGCUCCACCUGAUGCCCCACCUGAUGCUCCUCCUGAUGCUCCUCCUGAUGCUCCACCUGAUGCUCCUCCUGAUGCUCCACCUGAUGCUCCACCCAAUGCCCCACCUGACCCCCCUCCUGAUGCUCCUCCUGAUGCUCCACCCAAUGCCCCACCUGACCCCCCUCCUGAUGCUCCACCUGAUGCUCCACCCAAUGCCCCACCUGACCCCCCUCCUGAUGCUCCUCCUGAUGCCCCACCUGAUGCUCCACCUGAUGCUCCACCUGAUGCCCCACCUGAUGCUCCUCCUGAUGCUCCUCCUGAUGCUCCUCCUGAUGCUCCACCUGAUGCCCCACCUGAUGCUCCACCUGAUGCCCCACCUGAUGCCCCACCUGAUGCUCCUCCUGAUGCUCCUCCUGAUGCUCCACCUGAUGCUCCUCCUGAUGCUCCACCUGAUGCUCCUCCUGAUGCUCCUCCUGAUGCUCCUCCUGAUGCUCCACCUGAUGCUCCACCUGAUGCCCCACCUGAUGCCCCACCUGAUGCUCCUCCUGAUGCUCCUCCUGAUGCUCCACCUGAUGCUCCACCUGAUGCUCCUCCUGAUGCUCCUCCUGAUGCUCCACCUGAUGCUCCUCCUGAUGCUCCACCUGAUGCUCCACCCAAUGCCCCACCUGAUCCCCCUCCUGAUGCUCCACCUGAUGCUCCACCUGAUGCCCCACCUGAUGCUCCACCCGAUGCCCCACCUGAUCCCCCUCCUGAUGCCCCACCUGAUGCUCCACCUGAUGCCCCACCUGACCCCCCUCCUGAUGCUCCACCUGAUGCCCCACCUGAUGCUCCACCUGAUGCCCCACCUGAUGCUCCACCUGAUGCCCCACCUGAUGCUCCACCCAAUGCCCCACCUGAUCCCCCUCCUGAUGCUCCACCUGAUGCUCCACCUGAUGCCCCUCCUGAUGUCCCCCCUGAAAGCCCCCCAAUGCCCACCCGAUCCCCCUCCCGAUGCUCCCCCUGA